CUCCAAAUCAAUGAGGGGACAUGCCUCGGCUACCACACACGUCUGUGUAUUAAUGGCUGACUGCAGCAGAGGCUAUUAUAGGCAGCAGGUUCCACUGGACAGCAGCGGGACGGACGGACGGACAGGGGGACAGAGCUGUGUGAAUGGACAAGGGACAUUAGAGGGAAAAGGGCGUCUGUUACCUAACUAAAUCCGGGAAAAACAACAGCCAGUCCUGCUGAAGGAUUAGCACCCUGUUCAUGAUAACAUGGCCCUGCUCUCCGUGGUGGUGUUGCCCCUACUGAUCGUCGUGGCAGCUGGGGUGUACUACAUCUACAAUGAGGUCAUACACUUCAUGUCCCAGUCCAUAGUGCGAAACAAAGUGGUGGUCAUCACUGAUGCUGUGUCUGGGCUGGGAACUGAGUGUGCCCAUCUCUUCCAUAAGGGUGGUGCCAGACUGAUCCUGUGUGGGAAUACCUGGGAUAAACUGGAGUCUCUGUAUGACCAGCUGACCAACGACUCUGACCCCAGCCAGACAUUUGCCCCAAAGCUGGUGAUCCUGGACUUCAGCGACAUGGACAGCAUGGAGGAUGUGGUGUCAGAGGUGGUGGAUUGUUACGGCUGUGUGGAUGUGUUGAUCUGUAACAGCAGCAUGAAGCUGAAGGCCCCGGUGCAAAGUGUCUCCCUGGAAAUGGGCAGAAACAUCAUGGACAUUAACUACUUCGGCCCCUGCACUCUGGCUAAAGGCAUUAUUCCAACAAUGAUCUCGAGAAGAUCCGGGCACAUUGUACUGGUCAACAGUAUCCAGGGAAGACUGGCUGUCCCAUUCAGAAGUUCAUAUGCUGCAUCUAAGCAUGCUGUGCAGGCCUUCUUCGACUGCCUGCGGGCCGAAGUGAAGGAGUAUGGGAUAGAAGUGAGCACCAUCAGUCACACCUUCAUCAACGCCUCCGAACCGCCACCUGGGGAGGUGCCUGCCCCGAAAACAAACGCUGUGGCUGCAUUCAUCCGCAGCCAGUUGGUCCACGGUGUGCGCCCCUCUGUCCUGGCAAAUGAAAUAAUGCAAACGGUAAACAGGAAGAAGAAGGAGGUGGUGCUGGCCCACCCCAUCCCCAGGGUGGCCCUCUACCUCCGCUCCCUCUUCCCCUCCUUCCUCUUCGCUGUGCUGGCUGCAGGAGCCAAAGACUCAGUCCUGAAUGAGCAGAUGCAGUAAGAGAAUGGGAAUCAUGAAGAGAUGUGAAAUUAAGGAUUGUGUGGAAAUGGUAGAUAAUUAGUAUGUGCUUGACUUAAACUGGAUCAAAAGCUGGGCAAAGCAUGCAACCCUGAGGGGACCCCAGACCCUUAAGGCUCCAGGGUUAUCAUAUGGCAAUAUGUGUGGCACUUUUAAGUUAAGAUUUUUUACAAAUCAAACCCUGUUUAUCAUUAUUUAUGGUCUUACACAUGUACAUGUACAUUCUGUUAUGACCUCUCUAUAUAGUCCAUUGUUUCCAUCCUGCAUUCAAUUUACCUCCACGUUCAAAACAAUGCAUGUGCACAAUUCAGUGCUACUGUGUGUAUUUCUUUAUAUCAGCAUCAUUGUUUAUUGUUAAGUUCUCCUAUGGCUAUAUAAAAGCAAACAGAGAAUAUUCAUCUUGAAUGUGACCUUGUAUUUCACUUUAUCAGCAUAAAAUAUUGAUGUCAUGCACUUUAUUUACAAAAAACUGUACAUGCAGAGUAUUCACUGUCGGAUUUGCAGGUAAAAAGCCAGUAUGCAGAGAUUUGUGUCACAGAUGUGAUGAACCAGCUAAACCCCUAAAACUACUUCUAAUGUGAACACGUUCAUUUACUUAUGUUCCAUUUUGAGAUCGUUGUUUCCUUAUGAAUUUCAAUGUCAUGACACUUUGUGAAAGCAAAGCAAAGGCAAUAAAGACAAGAUAAGAAGUUGUAGAACUUAAAAGUUUAAGGUAAAUAAAGGCAAAAUAAAGAUGGUGGAAAUUCCACACUUUGUCACCUUCUGGUAAGAAAAGAACAAAUCUACAAGCUUCAGAUCAAAGUUGUGUUAUUUGAUAAAGAGAAGAACAUCUAACAGUAUCAAGUUCCAGCUUGAAGGCCAGCUAACCUGCACAACCAAUGUAGUACAAGGAUCUGACCCUGAUCAAACAUUGAACAAGACUCUUAAAGGGAAGGAAGACAAAAAUGGGAAGGGGAAUAGCCAAUGAAAUUCUACAUUACAGGUUAUUGCAAGAUUGCUGUCUGGACGGGGGUUAAGCUUUGACAUUGUAAGUAUAACCGAUUAUAAUUUGCCUGACAAUGGUCACGGUGGCACACUUCUGUCUGUUUAAAGCCUGAGAACAGAAGGUUGCAAGUCUUUUGUAUUAAACGUGUGAAAAGACUGGGUUGGACAGCCGUAGUUUACAUAGAACUGAUACAUUUAGACUGUGAGACAAGAAACCCAAAGCAGAAUAAAACACAUCAUAGUGACAUAUAUACAAUUAAAAUAGACACAUGAUCAUUUCUAUGAUAGUAACUGCACCAGCACUUCCUAUGGUUUGGGUUUUUUGAAGCAAAUGUACCUGGAGGAUUCUUGAUGAGUUGUAUCUUCACGGUUGAAAGUAUUAUUGUAAGUUGCUUUGGAUAAAAGUGUUGAAUGCUGCAUUAGAUGUAAUGUACUGAAAUUGUUGCAGGAAUAAAGAGAAGGACCCCAUAUUGUUAGAGCAGACUGGAUUGCAUUUCACUGGAGUUGAAACUUUCAUGUGACAAAUAAAAUUGCUUAGUUAUCCGCA